AUGUGGGUGUCCCGUUUGAGUCGUUCGGGACCAAUUAGGGACGGUUUGAGACACGCCGACGGAUUAGCGCGUAGGCGCAAAUUUGUUGAAUACACUAUGAACCAGAAGCGCGGGAGACUGGGAACUCCCCUUUCUGGCUCAUCACAUUUAGAAGCUCUGCAUCCCCGUCGUUCGAAUACAAAUUGCGAAUCCGAUAAGCGUAUCCCACAGCCACGACAAUCCUACCGAUUGGACACGCCACUCCCGCCUGAUAGAGCCUUAAUUAUCUCGUCGCUGUAA